AUGUCUGGAUUGCCAAGAGAGAUCCUCAAGUGGUUGCAAAGUCUAGAUCUCACUUGGAAAAUAAAGAAUCCCAAAUGGGACCUUUCUAAUGGGUUUCUGAUUGCUGAGAUCUUUUCUUGGUACUUCCCACAAGAUAUACGAAUGUUCUCGUUUUACAACAGAGAUUCUCUUGAAAUGAAAAAGAAGAACUGGUACAUACUAAAAAAUUUUAUUCUUAAAAACCAAAUUGCCGUAAACAUGGAAGACGUGGAUGGCACCAUUUAUUGCAAGGAAGGAGCUGCAGCCAGACUGAUGGAGAGCUUAUAUGAGUAUCUUACAAAGAAAAGUCUGAAGAAGUUAACACCAGACACAGACAAGGAUUACACAGACUACGCCUACCAGGUGCAGCUGCCCAUGUACCAAAGGUCAACACUAUCAAAGGCACUCAAGAACAACCUGAGACUUCCAGAAAUUAUUGCUGAUCAAAAUAUGCCCACGUAUUCACAUAUGCCAAACUGGUAUUCUGAUAGGACAAUACUCAAGUCACAGAAGAUUGUUAAUGACCAUUUGGCACAUCGCCGCAGUGAAAGAAGAGCUGAUCCUAAACGAUUUGGUAUCAAACCCACUCUUGGUGAUCGAUGUGUCAGACGCCAUCCUUCUGGAUCCUACACCAUCUUGUCUACAAAGACCAGCUUCUUAAAAGCUGCAACAGAUAAUUUUUCAGAGCUACGUUCUGCUGAGGACACAUUCGUUAAUCAACCAUUGAGCAGAGAACCAAGUGCAUAUUUCAAGGAAAUUAAGGUCAAGCAGAUGAACAAGUCCAAAUUGUGUCAGCCAUCAGUAACAAGCCAUUAA